UUCUGACCUUCAUCGUUGGCCUGUCCCUGUAUAGCCCUUGCAGGAAGGAUCAAAGAAAACCUUCGAUUACAGCACACAUAGGGAGAGCUGCUCUACAUCAGUGUUCUUCAGCGAUGUCGCGCUAUACGACAAGAAGAGUGAAAAAGAUCAAAUUCACGCUCCCUUGCCUUUUCCAAAAUGGAGGCGACUCACGCACUUCUGAUCCACUUCUUCCGAAUCUACUGCAAUCGAGGGAAUAUCGAGACGUCCUCUGUGCAUUGGACAAGGGACUCAUACCAACCGAAAAGCCAUAUACCGAUCGAGACUGGUAUAACGUCAGCCUCGCGCUCGGCAGCAUCUCCGCGCUCAAUGAGGUGCUCCUGUUCAAAGCUCUACCUGACGCCAUACACAAGAGGGUAGCCAGCGACAUGGUACCCCUUGUGUGGGACUGGAUGCUCUUCUUUCAUCCGCAUGCGGGUAACUACGACGACACAUGCCUUGGGUUCACACAAACUCUGGAUUCUGGGCACUCGGAAACGAAAUCUGCGACGGAUCGUGUCAAUUGCAUUCUUGCCAUAUUCUUCUUCAUCGUACCCCACGAUAAAUAUGCGGCGCCGCUCGCUCAGGCCAUACCGGACUUCACUGUGUAUAUGUACGAUCUCUGGCAAGCGACCUCGCGCGGCGUGAAGGACACGGAGCGCGUGAGCGCCAUGGUUCAUACACUCGGACAAGCACUCGCAGACUUCUGCUAUACGCCCGAGCUACGCAAGCGUAUCGCCAGCGAGAUACUUUCUCGAGGACCUGCGCGUAUGCGGGCCCUUGUGAAGCGUCUGCGCGCCAUCACUCGUAUGGACGAUCCGGACUUGGAGGAACUCUCACUCUACGUGGACCUCAUCCAUUCCAUGGCACAGGUGCCCACCGCGCGCCCCUUCCUCCGCAACGCGCUCCAUCUCAUCGGCCCUGCUAUGCGGCUGUAUGAGAUUCCAAAGAAGGAUACAUACUAUAAAGCGGACAUCACCGACUUGUACCUCAAGGUUCCUUCCUGCGCGUCGACCUUCCUCUAUCACUGUUGCGGUCUGGCCUGCAUGCUACGCGAGGAUAUACAAGGUUUCCGCGACGUACUGAAGUUCGUGCGAGCUGGUGCCCUGCGCGAGCUCUACAGUUAUAUACGGCGGGUUCCGAUUGUCCGAUUAGCAGGGAUUCCCGAGGAUGCAAUGCACCCUGCGGCUCAAACCUUGAACUCCAUCAUCAUCCCAGCAAUGAUCUGUCCUUCCAUCUCCAAAGCGGUUGCCGUGGCCCUUGACAGGGACCAGCUACCGCCGCAAUUUCCGACAGAAUCGUCUCUGCAGGAAUACACCAUUGCGUUCUGGAAAAUGUUGCACGAUAGGCUUCAGGAAGUCAGGAACCUGAAGAAGCAAGUCAGGAAUGAGGAGAUGGACGCACACUGUUCUCGCGAAGGGUGUCUCGGAGAUGCAACGCUGCGACGCUGUUCGUGUGGAUUCGCGCUCUACUGCUCAACAGAUUGUCAAUCUGUGGACUGGUCACGACAUCGCGCGCAUUGUCAACCUGUCUACGCCUCGUCGAGCUCUCCCGCAAACUUCCAUGUUCUCCGCCAAUCAGAUCUCCUCUUCAUACGUCGAUAUGUGGCGAUGAAGUGCGCGGAGGAAAAGAAAUUGCCCUCUCAAGGGACCUAUGACUGCCUCUUCUACGACAUGACGGGUACGGGGAGUGCAGAUUGGGAGGAGCAACAAGACAAGCGCGUCAAAAUUCCAGCGAAACGCUUUGGACAUGUUUGGGCGAAGGUUGGGGUAGGGGAAGUCACUACGGUGUUGGAUUUAGGGAAGUUGUGACGACAGGGAUUAUGUCCGAAGUUGGAUCGUAUGGUAGGAUAUCAUGAGAUCAGUAUUGUAGGA